AUCAGGCUCUGUAUUGAUCUCUAUCUGUUCAUUUUCACCUAUAUCUUCCAAACGUGUGUUCUAGAAUGAAGAGUACAUGAAACCAAUUCACAUUCAACCUGAUGCUGGAACAUCUGUCUGGGUUUUAAUGGGAGCAUUAGAACAGCACUAUCUUCAUGGCUCUCACUGCUUGGGUGCUUGAAGGUAAAACAGCCUGAGCUGAGCCCCUGCUGCUCUCCUUACUCAUUCAAUGAGAUCUCCAGCCUGCAUGUCCAGUGUAACAUUUAUGGUACCAGCUGUAGUUUGGGGGUUGUGCAAGCUGGGAUGGCUGUCUGUAACUCAGCUCCAUCCCUAUGCACCAACAUCCCCAUGGGGGCUGUGGUAUGUCAGCAUCCCAGCCCUGCUGCCCUCAUUUCCAGGCAGGCUUCAUUUAGAUCUUAUCUUACUCGUUUAAGUGGGGUUUUCAGGAUCAUACUAAUGUGAACAAUGUAAUCACAAGUAGUAUAAACAAAUCCAAAUCAGAUCCUUUGAUGGAUGGCCAAUCCUCUGUGAUGAGCUGGAAAUAGGAGCCCUGUAUUAUAAAUGAUGUUGCUUUUUGUAUUUAUUUCCUUUGGACUUUUAAGCUUAUUGUAUUAUUACGUUUUUCCUACUGUAAUGUGAAGGGGGGAAAAAAAGACCUUCAGCUCAUCUCAGCAUCAGUGUAUUGGAUGGGAAAGGAAACUGUGUAUGCUGCAAGUCCAACCUUGAACUUAAGCACUGAUAGGGUGUUUUGUUUCUCCAUUUCUGAGUUGCUUUAAGCCAAUUUGGACUCUCAAUCUGAUGCUUAACAGUCAACAUCAGAAGGGCUUUAAGCUUUGCCAGCUGCUUCAAGCGUGGUCUGUUGUAGUCAUAGAAUGGCUUGGGUUGGAAGGGACUUUGAGGUUGAAGUGCAGGCAGGGCUGCCAACUGAUCAAGCGCUGGAAUAGAUGCAUCACCUGUGUGCUAUUCCAAUGUAUAAGGGAAAAAAAUCCAUUAAAGACUGAACAAACUGCAGCAUGUGGGGUGAUGGGAUGCUCAGGGAUGAAGGUUGAUGAGCUGCUUGGUGGCUGCUCUGCCACAGGUGGCCAAAGGGAGAUGAGUUUAGGGCAUGGAGGUGCUUUGAGGUCUGAGCUGCGAGGCUGGGAAUGAGGAGGAGAUCCCAAGCUCACUGCUGGGAAGUGCUUGGCCCCAUACAGAACCUUAUCCCAUAGAGGAGACAUGGGCACUUCCGCACCAGGGCCAGGUCAGGGCCCCAUAGACAGACUGCAGUGGCUGCUGGAAACUCCGGGAAGCGGCUCAGUUAACACAGGAUGGACAGAACAAAACCCUGUAGCCAUUAAUCACCCUGAUUUCAGCUGAACAUGCACAUUCAAUUGGCAGUUGUUUACAGAGCUCUUCCCCUGCCGUGUCUGAUGGUUAAUUACCUGGUGUCCCAAAUGGAGCAGCACACCCCAUACCCGGAGCUGCUUCACAGGAGUGUUCCUGGAUGGGAAGCAGCUCCUGAUGGGAGGUGUGGGAGGAAUCACAUCCCUUCCCUCGACCCUUUGGUGGUUCCUUCCUUAGCCCAAGCACAAUGAUGGGGUAUGAUGAGCCAGAAUGGCCCCAUCUAUCUCCAUAGAGCUGAGUGUAUGUGAUGCCAGAUGUGAAUGGCUCUGUGGCCAUGGACAGGAGGAUGCAGUUUGCCUUGGAGAGAAGGCAGAGUGUUGCAUGGUGUGUGUUUGGUGCCCUAGGAAGCAUCCCUGGGUGAGCUGGCAGGAGAUAAAGGGGAGUCUGUCAGAGGAGGCAGCCUGCCCUCCUAUUGCAGUUAAUCUCUUAGCACAGAAGGAUUUGAAUCCCUGUGAUUUAGGGAGAUUCUUACUAUCUGAAUGAUGUGGUACCCAGGCCAGAGGGAGCUGGGAUAUGGAACUAAGUCCUGACCUGAGUGGUGCUAUCAGGGGGGGUGAGAGGUAAUGAAUGGGAGCCCUGCAGCCAUGUGGGGACCCUAUGGGGAUCCCCAUAGGCACAGAGCUGUGUGUCUGGGCAGGCACUGAACAUGAAGUAAAAUGGGAAACCCUUUCUGGAAAUACCCCCCCCACUGAUGGGAAGGUUGUGGGGCCCCCGGAUGGUGCUCACAGGGGCGGAUCUUACAGGGUGUUAAGAAGGGCUGAGAACAGGGCUGACGGCCAGAAGAGGAAAGCCCCGAUCAACAGCACUCACUCCAAGCAAGAGGAAAGGAAAGAAAAUCACCAUUUGCUGCUGCCCUGCCCAUUCACCAGCUCUGUGGAUGAUGGAAUUGGCUCUUCUCCUCUUCAUCAGCUUGCUGUGGGGCUGUAAUGGGAGGCCGACCAACAAGCUGGUGGUGGUGCCAAAGGAGCCGGUGGUGCAGUAUGGAGAUGCAGUGCAGCUGAACUGCUCACUGCCCUGCCCAGGCGGCACAGUGCAAUGGAAGGGGCUGGACACCAACCUGGGCAGCAUCGAUACCUUCCUCACCCACAGCAUCCUGAAGAUUAGCAGUGCCAAAUUGGCCACAGCGGGCACCAAGAUCUGCUUGGGCACCUGCGGUGACAGCAGCUACCAGGAAACUGCCCAACUUCAGGUCUACUCUCUCCCAGAGAUGCUGCAGCUCAGUGUGGACCAAGAACUGAUACCAGGGCAGCCAGCCACCCUGCACUGCUCAGCCUUGCAUGUAUAUCCCAUCAUUGGGAUGAAGCUCACCUGGUACCGGGAGGACAAAUUGCUAAUGGAUGACUUUGAAGAAACAGAGACUGAUGAGGGACUGUUUGAUGUUGUGACCACAGUGCGGGUGCCGGGGGAGGACGUGGCAGAAGGGGAAGUGUUCAGAUGUGAGCUGACGUUGAUUAUUGGCUCAAAGACCUUCACCCGCGUGGCAUCCAUUGCUGUGAGCAAUAGGGCUGUUACAGAGCAACCAAUGGCCACAUCCACAGAGAGCCCCCACACCACAGUGACCACAACAGUGACCCACAGCAUCACUGUGCCUGCAGCCAGCACAUUGCCAUCCCCAGAACCACAGGAGCCCAGCACAGCCCUGAAUGCUGCUUCACAGAGACCCAAGACCCCCACAGAGUGGGCUGCUGCAUCCAAACCCACCCUGCCUGAGCACCAUCAGGGCCCUGCAUUGAGCACAGCAUCACUGCAUCUGGAUAGGACCACAGCCACUGUGAGCACUGCAGCCACACAGGGACUGGCUAUGGAUGACAGCAGCCCAGGCUCCCAUAUAACAACACCCACUUGCAGCCUCCAGAUCUGGUCUCUGCCUCCCAAUGGGACACGAGGCAGAGCUCUACGCAUUGGGUGCCAAGCACAUUGUGCCCACAAUGCCUCCGUCCAUUGGCUUCAUACCCCUGUGGCUUUGUCCCAGUACAGGGAGGAGGCAGUGGGCAGUGGUUCUACAUUAUGGUUGGACCGGGCUGAGCCUCAUCACCAAGGCUACUACCAGUGUAUCCUGCUGGGCCGCCAUGCACAAGCAGUCAGCAUGGAGCUGGUGGUCUCUGAUGAUACAUCCAGCUCCAUCCCCCCCAUAGCCACAGGGACAGCGUUCUCACUCCUGGGGCUGAUAGUGACCGGUGUCGUAUCUCGUCGCCUAUGGAAAAGAUUGAAAUCAAGCUACAAUCUAUCCUAAGAGUGGACGCUGCCUACAGCUGCCCUAUUAAUUCCCCAUCAGCUCCUGCCAUCCUUCCUUCUGCUGCUGGCCAUGCAGGGAAGCUGGGUGCCUUAUGAGCCAAGCAGCUUCAUAGGAGCACCAGAACCAGCAGGUUGUGGGGUGUGCAAUGACCCCAAGAAGAGCAGCUCCAGCCCAAGGGCUGCCAGGAUGGAGCUGGAUGGACUCCUUUACAUUGGGUGGGCAUAGAGAGCUCUGUCUGCAUCAUAGUGUGUGUGAACAGGGCUGGGAUGGGACAGCUCAACCCAUAGUUGAUGAUGCUGGUGCUUGACCGGUGAAUGGGGCUGGGAUGGAUGGAUGGAUGGAUGGAUGGAUGGAUGAGUAGAUAGAUGGAUGGAUGAUGGAUGGAGGGGUGGGUGGAUGGCUGGAUGGCUGGAUGAUGGAUGGAUGGGGCUGUGCAGCCCUUCAGGCUAUAGGAACAGCUGUGGGUGAUGGAUGGACGCGUGUUGCUGGGUUGGGGUGCGGCAUUACUCCCAAUAAAAGAGCUUUAUUUGUG